AUGUCUUCAUCCAAAGAAAAGAUACCAGAGAUGGUCGCAAACCAAUCAGUAUCAAAUCAGCCGAAAGGCACUUCACAUGUAACUAAAAUUUCCGAGACCGCGCGGUCCCAGAAAUCCGAUGCAUUACCACCAUGGAACCAGUAUGAUAAAGCGUUUAUUGCAGAAGAGUGCACAUUGGAAGCAAAUAAAAUUGGCGAAAAGGAGGCAAGAGCCCUAAUAUAUGAUAAA